AUGUUUGAAUUUAAAGUUAUUGGCCCUUCUUCUGAAUUAAACAUUAUUUGUGAAAAAACUGAUACAAUUGGACCAUUGGUGACUUCACUAUUGGCAUAUAACCCGGAAACACUAUCGUAUGGUAAAUCUGUUGAAGUUGGGUUUGAAAUACAUUUUAAAGACGAUUUAAAUGGUAUUGCUGAUAUUAAUUUUACUAUAAUCUCAGACAAAGAUAAAAAUGGUUUUGAUUUUAAUUGUAAGCCACCAGAAAUAAAAAAUACUCAUACAUGUUCUCCAAGAUGGAAUGUAACCAUACCACAGACAUUUUACAUAUCCCAAAUGUCCACAAUAGAUAGCAAGGGUUAUUCAACUGAAUAUCCUAAUAUUAAUAAAGUAAACCCAAUGAUGGAAAUUGUAGAAACUGAUUAUAAUAAACUGAUAGUUACAAGUAGUGGUGAAAUGGACACAGAUAUCCCAACGUUGGUUCAUUUCAUUUCUAAUAUAUCAUAUAUAAAUAAUCAAUCAGAUAGAUCGAUUUUAGUUAACUUUACUAUUGAAGAUACCAAUAGUGGUGUUUCAAUUAAAUAUCAACCAACAAUUUAUACAAUCCCAGAUACUUUGAAUAUUCUUUCAUUUCCAUGCAAACACGAAGAGGGUUUGAUCAACAACACCAAAUACCGCCAGGUAAAUUUUUACUGCGAGUUAAUGUUACCAUAUUUAUAUGGCUAUCCAAACGGUUUCUUAUUUCAAAUUCAUGGUGUUUAUGAUAAUCAUUUUAAUUCUGCAGGUUUUUCUUAUGAAAAUAGCCAAAGAUUUGGUUUUUUCAUAAAUGUUACAGUUGGUGAUGAUAUACCAUUCAUUGAAUCAUUUAAAACUGAUGAAUCAUAUAUAACCUCAAAAGGUUUUAAAUUUGGAAUUUCACCUAGUGUAAUAUAUAACUCCAACUUCACACAAGAACUAUUAAUAUUUUCUCCUUCCCCUUUUUUAAAUAACAGUUUUAUUCAAUUUAAACCAAAUUUAACCCAAAACAUUAUUGGAGAAACUAUUUUGAUCUACAUUAAUACCUCGGAAGGAAAAUCCAACACUAUUUCAAUUGAAUUGCCAUGUAAAGGAGAGCCAUUAUGUGGUGGUCAGUCUCAAGGAAUUUGCACCCUAAUGGGGUGUAGAUGUAAACCUGAAUAUACCGGGACUGAUUGCUCAUCAAAUAUUAUUAUUAUAAAUCCAAAUAUUAACUUAACCGUUUGGUUGUCCAAUGGUUUGGUUAAGUUAAUAUUUGGAUUUAUAAUAAUAAUAUUUGGACAAUUACCAUACACUCACCAUCAAUCUUUGAUUUCUGUUCAUUCUUUAAGAGAAGUUGAUUUCAAUGGUAAAUUGGUUAAUGAAUAUAUAUUUAAUAAUUGGAGUUAUUAUGGUUCAAAUAAUAGUUUCUCAUAUAUAACAGAUGUCAAUAAUAAAAAUGUACCUGAUAAUAAUGUAAAGGUUGAGGUUUUAAUUAGACAUGAUAAAGAUGGCGGUUUAGUAGAAUUUGCCGGCAAAAAUGUUCCAAUUUUGCUGGGAGCUGUUAAGUAUUAUUUUUCUCUUUCUAAGUAUAUAUUUAAAUCUCAGUUAAAUACAUUACAUUUGGUAAUGCAUGCUGCUGUAGAAACUUCACAAAAAGAAAAUGUGUGCAUGGGUAGUGAGUUUGGAAUUGAUGGUUUGGAACAAGAAUCUCAAUACUUUAAAGUUCAAAUCAAUGGUUUUAGUCUAUAUGGACAAUUUAUGACAAGAGCAAUAAUAGAUGGUAAAUUUAUAUCAAUCAGAAACCUACAGGUUAAUAGUUCAGAUUUUAAAAAAUCUUUAAACACCAACACACAUUCUCAAAUUUAUUUUGCAAUUGAAAUUCCUAAUUAUGAAAUAAGGGCUGAAUUAGAUCCAAACUUUAGUGUCCUCUUGGAAAAUACCAAUAAACCAAAUUCUCAAAAUUUUGUUUGUGUUGGUGUAAAAUUUGAACACAAAUUUAUUUAUUCUUUCAUUUCUUAA